AUUACUCGGUGCUCAGCCUGCAGGGAUGGAAGUCCGUCGACUAUUUUCUCUCUUCCUUCUACAUGGGGUCACCUUGUUCUGUGCAGUGAAUGGUGACAAUAUGACGGAGGGUGAAAUCAAGUUCAAGUUUGUUUUUAACCCAUCCAGACAUUGGAGUGUGAUCAGGCUUGUCCCAUCCAUCUACACUGUUGUGUUCCUUGUGGCUCUUCCUCUCAAUAUCAUGGCGAUCCUCAUGUUCCUGGUGAAGAUAAAGGUCAGGAAGCCGGCAGUUGUCUAUAUGCUGAACCUCGCCACUGCAGAUCUCCUCCUCAUUAGCACACUGCCUUUUCACAUUGUCUACAGAUUCUUGGGCUCUAACUGGAUCUUCGGGGAAGGAAUGUGUCGCUUUGUCACGGCAGCAUAUUACUGUAACACGGGCUGCUCUGUUCUGCUCCUGACAAGUAUUAGUGUGGACCGUUUCCUGGCCAUAGUCUACCCGGUGCGGUCUCUCUCCUGGCGCACAGUGAAGCGAGCCUGGCUGGUGUGUGGUGUCAUUUGGGUCAUCUCAGUGGCCAGCUUUGUGCCUCUUCUCAUAAAAAAACAAAUCUAUACAUUUCCUGAACUAGAUAUGGUAGUAUGUCAUGAAUACCAGGAAUAUGAUAAUUUUAGGGGCUUUUAUAUUAUUUAUGGCAUCACUAUUAUCUUGAUUUUCUUUUACUUACAGUUAUGUAUUAUAACUUUCUGUUACAUUAGAAUCAUCCGCAGUCUCAGCAGUUCAAAAUUUCAUGGCACACAUAAGAGAUCACGAGCUAUCCGCCUAUCCGUGGUUGUGCUGAGUGUGUUUGUCCUUUGUUUUGGCCCCACCAAUGUCAUCUAUUUCAUUCACUUUGUGCGGAUUUAUAAGGAUGCCGAUUUCUCUCUCUUCCUUGCCUACAUCCUCUGCACCAGUAUCAGCUGCAUAAACUGUGGUCUGGAUCCUCUAAUCUAUUAUUUUACAUCCUCUGGUUGUCAGAGAUACGUCUACAGCUUGCUGCACCGGAAGAAAAAUAAAUGUAAACCAGUAAAAAAAAAAAUGGAUCUUCAAACACCAGAAGAAGCAAACAAAGAGAACUCAUUCUGAUCAGCUCUCUGAGAGAGGAUACGUUAUUUUAACACUGCACCUUUUUUUUUAAUUCACUGUAAUUAUCUUAAAAAAAAGAUUUUCAAUUGAUAUAAAUGCAAUGCUUAAAGUGGACCUUCCAAGAAAAAUGAAAACAAAUUUAUGUGAGUAUUUUUAAUCCCUAAGUUAAAGUUUUAAAUAAAUGUUACUAGCAGAGAGCA